UAUAACAUGAUGGUACACACGGGUAGACAAACUACCUAGGUAUGUUAGUAGGUAGGUAGACACCUGUUUUCCCUCUCUUUUUCUUAGUCAAGGAAACCCGCUGGCCAGGAUCAUAUCUUUGGGUUGAUAGGGUCCAUCGUACAACAAGGGCAUCCUGAACUGGGUUCUCCGCGGCCUGGCCACCUCUCGAAGGAGCCAAAUUCGACCUGGACCCUCUCUGAUUUAGGAAGGCCGACAGGGUACGAUCCACCACGCCCCGGUUCGGUUCGCUGAGCGGGAGGGAAUCGGUGUAACUCCGCCUAAUGCUACGGUUUGAUAGGAUUUGGGGAUGGGGAUAAAGAACCGGGAGGGCAAACAGGGCGUCCCUGGCGAUAAGGCUUGUAGAACAAUGCGGAUUGAUAUCGUAUGCUACGAGUACAUCUCGAGUUAGGCUAGGCAUACCUAUGCAUGUAGGUAUUUCCUCUUUUUUUAAAGAGUCGUCUACCGCAACCCCAACCUUUUCUCGCACUCCCCUUGCUUCACCUUGGGAUUUUCCCUUUUUUACGCACCGAUCCUCCAAUCUAUCCCUUCACCGAACCCAGAAACGAGAACGAGCAGAAAGGCGAGCACUCGCAGUCUGCGAAACACCCCCGACUACCUAGGGACCUACCACGCCGGGUGGUAUGACGCACGCGGCUCGACUCGCACGAUACUCAUACGUGGAAAGCGAGGCGCGAUGACGGGACACGCGAGCGGGGAAGGGGGGGUAGCCUACGCGACCGACGAGGCGGCUCGGGGCGACGUCGAGGUGAAGAAUCUCGAACGUCCCAAGUCGAGUCGCGUCGGCGAGAUGAACCUCGAGAGCACUCAUCAGCUCAAGCGAGGACUGAAAAGUCGGCACAUUCAAUUCCUCGCCCUCGGCGGCGCGAUCGGCACCGGCCUAUUCAUCGGUUCGGGCCAGAUCCUGGCGAGCACGGGGCCGGCCCCGCUGUUCAUGGCGUACUUGUCGAUGAUGCUCGUCGUGUGGGUGGUUAUGAACGACCUCGCCGAGAUGGUGACAUACCUGCCGAUGAAGGGCAUCUCGAUCCCCUACUUUGUCGGCCGCUUCCUCGACCCCAGCAUAGCGUUCGCCUCCGGCUGGAACUACUGGUACGCCUACGCGAUCCUCGUCGCCGCCGAGUGCACCGCCGGCGGCCUCAUCCUGCAGUACUGGACGCGGUCUGUCCACGUCGCCGUCUGGAUCGCCAUCCAGCUCGUCGUCAUCCUGCUGCUCAACGUCAUCGCCGUCUCCUUCUUCGGCGAGGCCGAGUUCUGGUUCGCCAGCAUCAAGCUCAUCACCAUCCUCGGCCUCAUCAUCCUCGGCAUCGUCCUCUUCUUCGGCGGCGGCCCCAACCACGACCCCCUCUACUUCCGCUACUGGCAGGAUCCCCCCGGCGCUUUCCGCUCCUACCCCGAAGGCGUCUUCGCGUCCGACCACGACAGCACCGGCCGCUUCCUCGCCUACUGGUCCGCCUUCAUCCGCGCCGGCUUCUCGUUCAUCACGUCGCCCGAGCUGAUCGCGCUGUCGGCGGGCGAGACGGUGGCGCCGCGGCGCAACAUCCCGAAGGCGGCGCGGCGCUUCGUGUGGCGCCUCGCCGUGUUCUACGGCCUGGGGUCGCUCGUGAUCGGCGUCGUGGUGCCGUGGAACGACGAGCGGCUCGUCGGCGAGGGCGCCGGCCAGGACGCGUCGACGAGCCCGUACGUGAUCGGCAUCGCCCGCGCGGGCAUCCGCGGGCUCGACCACGUCAUCAACGCGGCCGUGCUGACGUCGGCCUGGUCGGCCGGCAACGCCUUCUGCUACUCGGGCUCGCGCGUGCUGUACUCGAUGGCGGCGACGGGCCAGGCGCCGCGGUGCUUCGCGCGGACGACGCGGCGCGGCGUGCCGUGGGUCGCCGUGCUGGCGACGCUGCUGGUCGGGUGCCUCGCGUUCCUGAACGCGUCGAGCCCGGGCGCGCAGGUGUUCCGCUGGUUCACGAACCUGUCGACCAUCUCGGGGUUCAUCGCGUGGCUGGCCAUCAUGGCGACAUACCUGCGGUUCCGCCGGGCGCUGGGGCGGCACGGGCUGCUGCAGGGGCUCGCGUUCCGGGGCGCGGCCCAGCCGUGGGCGACGGUCGUGGCGCUGACGGUCGUGGCGGUGCUGACGGUGACGAACGGCUUCGACGUCUUCUUCCCCACACGCUGGUCGGCCGCCAACUUCCUCGCCGCCUACAUCACCAUCCCCAUCUUCCUCGCGCUCUACGCGACCCACAAGCUGCUGGUCGGCCGCCGCGCCGGCUGGCGCCUGGCCAUCCCCAUCGAGGACGUCGACGUCUGGACCGGCAAGCGCGAGAUGGACGAGCUGUGCGCGCUCGACCGCGAGCCCGUCCCGCGGAACUGGGUCGAGAAGGCGUGGUACUGGCUCGCCUAG